AUGACCACGGCCACGCAACCCUCCAAGACCAACAAGACCAGCAUAGCUGCAACAAGGGCGGCCAGCAGCGCUUUCAAUACGUGUGACGCCGCGUCGAAGUGCCUUGUAGCUGUCGUAACUAGUUUCGUGAUGCUAAAUAUCGCUGGUGUGAGAGCGAUGCAGCAGCCCUCGAACGUGCUGUUCGGCCGUCUAUGA